AUGGCGCAGUUCCUAAUGGAGCAGAUCCGGUACAUGCACGAGGAGAUCGAGAUGAUGGAGAAGGCAAUCGCCGACCUGAUCGAAGAGAAGGUACGGAAGAAGAAGGAGUGGAGCAUUCGUUACGACUACUCCAUCAGUUACCUAGUGGAGAAGAUACAAACCAAGUCAAAACUGCUGCUGCAGUAUUACAAGGAUGAAGACAAUUUAAAAAAGGAGGAAAUGCAAUUCAUUUCUGGUAAGACCAGUGAAGGAGGACAGGUAGCAAAAGCGGAAGAGGAAGAGGACGACGAAGAAGGAGGCGAAGUGGAGGGGGAACGCUACGGCGAAGCCAAUGACUUGUGGAAAAACUACUACGAAAGAGUCAAGUACAUCCGAGACUACCACAAAAAAAAUAACAUAAAAAAAAUCGAACUUCGAAAUUACAAGGCUUAUAAAUAUGAAGCUCUGAAAAACAACAACCUGAAGGAGAGUUUUUCCCCGGUGGAAAGAAAAGGCAAGUAUGUAGACAUGCAUAAAUUUUACCACGAUUUUGUGAAUAUAAAAAAGAUUAAAAAUUUUAGGGUUAGUGUAUAUCGAAAGAAGGACUUAGCUAGCCAAAAGAAGAAAGGUAUUGCUGAAAAGGAUAAGGGGAAGAAUUCCUCCAAAGGGGGGAAAUCGAACGAAGGAGAAUUUAAAGAAAUGGAUUUGGUCACUUACCUUCACAAUUUCACUCGCUUCUAUUACAUCCCGAGAUAUUGUAAAUAUAAAAAUGAAGAAUAUAAAAAGUACUUGAAAAAUUUAUUGAAUUAUCUUAUGAAUUUUUUUUCAAAAGUGAAUGUGUUGGUGGACUGCCAGAAAAUACAUGCACAGUAUGAGGAGAACUUUGAAAAUAAAUUCAAGGAGAAGGAAAUUAAGCAGUGGGAAAAAUACACUUAUGAUUUGGACCUAUAUUGUAACGUGAAUAAUAAGCUGUACGCUUCCGAGGGGACUUUCAACUCUUAUAAGAAUAGCAAACACUACGAUGAGGAUUUGAAGAAGUAUAUGGAGAAGGCACUCACCGUGGAACAGCUUGAAGAGUUCAAGAAGGAGAUCGAACAAGAGGAUAAAGAGCUAGCCAAGUGUGAAUACCUUAUCGAAUUAUAUAAAAAUGUUUUGAAUAAAAUUUUUCAAAAAACUAUUCAAAAGAUACAAAGGAAGCAAGCCAUCAGUGUGGAUGAAUUACAGAAGAAAAAAAAAGUAGAAAAAAGGAAUGACAAUUUUUUAAGUUUACGUGAUCGUAAGGGAUUGUAUAACAAUGAAGAAUAUGGUGAACGAAAUGAUUUUCCUCAUUUGUACAAUUCUAACCCAUUUGGACUCUCCUCCUCAUCCGAUGAUGAUGACUCUUCUACGAAUGCGUCCGACCGGGGUAGUGUAAACGGUGAAGGAGAUGGGAAGAAAAAAAAAAAAAAAAAAAACGGAGCAAACGGAGUGGAUGAAGCAGAUGAGGAAGAUGAAGAUGACGAUGAGAAACCUAUUUAUAAUCCCUUGAAUCUACCCCUAGGACAUGAUAAUAAGCCUAUACCUUACUGGCUUUAUAAGUUACACGGGCUGUCCAAGGAGUAUACGUGCGAAAUUUGUGGUAACUACUCCUACUUUGGAAGAGCCCAGUUUGAAAAGCACUUUUACGAGUGGAGGCAUUCCUUCGGUAUGAAGUGCCUGAACAUCCCCAAUACUCUCCACUUUAAGGAGAUCACCAAAAUCGACGACGCCCUAAACCUGUAUGAGCGCCUGAAGAAGCAGACGCAGAUGAACGUCUUCAAGCCAGACCAGGAGGUCGAGUGUGAAGACUCCAAGGGCAACGUCAUGAACAUGAAGGCAUACGAUGAUUUGAAGCGCCAGGGGCUGCUCUAG